AGAGCGGAAACCGGAAAACCUAGGCGAGAGGGCGAAGAGAGAGUGACUCACUAGGGCUUUUGGAGGCGAUCGUCUCUCUCGAUCUCCCGAUCCUUCGUUCAUGGCGGAAGAGACCCCGCAGAUCCCCGAAUCCACCGGGGGAGACGCGCCUUCCGAUGCAGGAGGAGAUGUGGUGGACAUGGAGGUCGAAACCGGGAAUCCGCAAAACCCUACCGUUAAGGUAGAGGACGAGCCCAGUGGAGCCGAGGAUCCUGAGGAGAAUGGGGUUGGUGAGGUGAAGAGGGAGAGAGAAGAGGGAGAUGAAGUAGAGGAGGGAGAAGAAGGGGCUUUGAAGAAGCCCAAGGUGGAGAGCUCCGUGGAGGAGGAGAGGCUCGAGAAGGUGGAGGCGAAGGGAGAGGGAGGAGAGGAGGCGAAGGGGGAAGAAGAAGAAGAAGAAGAAGAGGAAGAUGAGGGGGAGGAGGAGAAGAAGGAAUCGACCGCGGCGAAUCUCGGGCCGAAGGUGUUUAGCUCAUCGGUGGAGAUGUUUGAUUACUUCUACAAGCUCCUUCACACGUGGUCUCCGAAUCUCGAUGUGAAUAAGUAUGAGCACAUGGUGUUGCUGGACUUAUUGAAGAAGGGCCACGCAGAACCAGACAAGAAGAUCGGCGCAGGGAUUGAAGCGUUCCAGGUCCGUUACCACCCAACAUGGAAGAGCCGCUGCUUCUUCGUCCUUCGAGUUGACGGAUCCGUGGAUGAUUUCAGCUUCCGCAAAUGUGUUGAUCAUAUAAUCCCCUUGCCUGAGAACAUGAAGGCCUUAUCAGCUUCUGGUGGCGGCAAAGGGUUCGAUGGCAAGAAGGCCGGUGGGCAUCACAAGGGGGGACGUGGAGGGGGCCGGUGGGGAGGGAAAGGAGGGCGAGGCCGGGGAAGGAGAGGCAAGUUUUGAAAGCAUAAAUGCGGCAAUAUGCACGGUUUAAUUUGAGAGGGCAAUUUAAAUUAGAGCUUUUCUAUGGCGAUGAUAUAUGCAGGUGAAUGUUGCAAAUUUUGCUAUUCUAGUCAAAAUCAUGACUUCAAUUUGUAUUAGUCCGGCUUAAGAGUUUCCUCAUUUAUAUUAUGGUUGGUCUGUUAGUGCUGUUCUUUUUGUA